GUUUCAAAUAAUAUUGUCGGUGGCGAGCCCGAACUCACUACAUGAGAAACAGAAGGAAAGAAACAAGCAACAAGUCAGUCAGAGAAACUAGUUAGUUCGUAAACAACCAUUUCAUUCAGAAUAGUUUGAGACUCUCGACGGUGAACGUCGAUCUGAAGUUGUUUUAUUUUUUUUACUUAUCCAACAUUUUUUUGAAUUUUGGUUUUUUUCAAUUCUCGGGAAAAUUUUGCAAAACGUGAGAAUAAAAAAAAAUAUUGAACAGAAAUAUUUUGUGAAUGAUUAAAAAAAUAUUUUUAUGCGUCAAUCAGUGCCUUGAUUUAAAUUAAAUCAUUAACCUCGAUUAUAAAAUCUUUUCUAUGAACGAAAUCGAAGGAGGAAGAAAUUAAAAAUAAAAGUGUCACAUUUAAAGGAAAUUAAUAAAAAUAAAAAAAUUGUGAAAAAGAGAAGAAGACAAGUUUAGGUUUAAUAAAUUAACCUAACGAGUAAUGGUCACAGGAAUUAAAUUGAUAAGUCAACAAAAAGUCGUCAACAGUAACACAAUGGGAUUAAGUGGAAUAACCACAUCACAAGUCCCUUCUCAGGAAACGCCUGUGAAGCGUUCAACCACUGCAAGUGAUACACGUCGGAGCAAUAAGCCAAUUAUGGAGAAGAGACGGCGUGCGAGAAUAAACAAUUGCCUCAAUGAGCUGAAGACUUUGAUUUUGGAUGCGAUGAAGAAAGACCCAGCACGACAUUCUAAACUGGAGAAGGCUGACAUUCUGGAAAUGACAGUGAAGUAUCUUCAAAAUCAUCAGCUGAAUCUUCAACGUCAGCAAGCUGCGCUUACUCAAGCAACUGAUGCAACAAUUGCAACAAAAUUCAAAGCCGGAUUUACAGAAUGUGCGAAUGAAGUUGGACGCUUUCCAGGCAUGGAACCACAAGUCAAGCGACGUUUAUUACAACAUUUGAAUAAUUGUAUGAAUGGUGAGAGAAACGACCCACAUCAACAUCAAAUACAAGUCCACAUUCUUCCAUCAUCUCCGCCAAGUUCACCAGAACAAGAAUCAAUGUCUUCAUCUUCCAAUGGUUAUUAUUUAACGAAUGGAAGUGGAAAUGGCGUUCAAUUAAUCCCGACAAAGCUUUCCAAUGGAACAAUUGCCUUUGUCUUACCUCAAUCACCAGCCGCAUCUCAAAUACCAAUGCUGGUACCAAUUCCAUCACGUACAGCAUCAACUGGGUCAGCAACCUCUUCCAGUUAUGAUCGUGUGAUGAACAGAGAACAGUCACAAUCACCUUAUAAUGCCCCUCCUAGUCCCGCAAAUUCAUCUUAUGAACCGAUGGAUACAAUGCCUGCACAUCUCAGUCACUCCAAUCUGCAUCAUCAACAACUGAAUUUAAUGCAGCAACACCAGCAGCAACAGAUUUUAAAACAUCAACAAAGAUCAUUUAGUCCAUCGGCGCCAAUAUCGCUCGUGAUGAGAAAAACAAACUUUGACCAGCAGAUGAAAGAUGACGAGAAGCCUUGGCGGCCUUGGUAAAAUGUGGGUACAGCGAAUUGUUAUAUUGAAAUCUUCACUAAUGUAAAUAUUGAUUUAAUGGGUUGUAUUUAGUUAAGCCAUUAGACUGGCCAUUCAGCAACAUACAUACAUGCAUACAUAUAUUUAUCAAAAACAGAAAACGUUCAUUGAUUUGAUGCGUGAAGUGAAAACAUCACGCAACCUUACCAAGCGAUGGAUGUUAAUCGCACUACAAUAAAUAUCUGACAUCCUAUAAAUUGCGAAAAUGUUCGUUCAAGUAAGCGGUGAUGACUGACGAGAAAAGAGAAAUAAUAAUCAAAAUGAUCGCGGUAAAAAAUAAAUAAUCUUAUUUGCGAAAUGUGAGAAGCGAGAAAGAAAUCAAACGUGCCAAUUGACUUAAUCUUAAUUAUGUUGGACGCUCAUAAAUUACGUGAUCUUUCCGACAGACAUGCAAUAACAUUGACAGAUUUAUAUUACCAUUGUGACAUUCAUAACUUUUUCAAAUUUAAUCUCUUGUGGUUUUUAAAACAAAAACAUUGACAUAACUUACACAUGUCACCUGACUAAAUACAACAUUGUGACAACAAUAGAGACAAAAAAAUCGUUUUGCAAAUUAAAAAUAGUUUUCAUAUCACAUUUUUUAAAGUAAAUCUUUCAAAACGUUGGCGCAGCCUAACACGAGUUCAAUUCAAUUGCCAAAAAGCAAAAAGAUCAUUUACAACUUUUUCUUUUAAAUACAGUGGAAUGUCGAUAAAAAAGAGUCUUAAUAGCCAACAUCGUAAAGAAUUGAUGUUUAUCAAACAUAAAUUUUUUGAAUUUAUGGAGCAAUUUCAUUUAUGAAGAUUCCACUGCAGCAACAAUGUAGACUUCGAAAUCCACUAUUGGAAUUUAAGAAAUUUCGCUUCAUCUUCUUCUUGUGAUUUUCAGACUCGACGACAAUUUCAGCUGAAAACCUCGACAAUGGCAAUAAUGCGUGAGCGUGCGUGUUUAUAAUAAGAUUUGAGUUAAACAUAUCUCUGCUGUCAUGUCGUUGUGAUUCAUAUUUUCGUUUUGUUUUAAAAACAACAAAAAAUAUUUAAAUAAAUACUUGAAGAGAGUGAACUUUGUGAAAUAAAACUGUUUUUGUUGUUCAUCAAAUACUUGCUUGUUGAUUUUACCACCCAAGCUACCUACUCAGUUUACUUUAUCUUUUUUUGAGAGUCGAAAAGGUUAAUAAGCACUGCGUAAAUUAAAAAUCACUUCGUGAAAAGUUGCUCGUGCAUGUUUUUUGAUUAUUUACGAGAGAAAUAAAACUCUCCGUGACAUCUCCUCCAACAAAGCUUGUGCUUGUACGACAUCCAAAUUAAAUUACCAGUCAUACGCUAAUUCCUUAACGCUUGAAUCGAGCGGCGUGCAGCAGUCAUAAUUACUUGAGCAAAUAAAGCGAUUUAUCUUUAUCACUUUGUUGCUCGUAAAAAACGGAAGAAAAGAAACGUUUCGCCUUCAUGUUACAUUUAUUUGUUUCUCGUUACUUUUCGAUUGACGUUAGCAUGUAAACUUUAAUGCUAAUUUUUGCACAAGAAAAUAAUCAUGCGGAAGCUGCUCGAAAGAUGUGACAAUGUAAACAAAAGGCCAACUUUCUCGACACUUGUAAAAGUCAAGACUCAAGAAAGAUUCCGACAGAGAAGAGAAUUUAAACAAUAAUUCAAACUAAGCAUUUUAAAAAGCUUUUAAAAAAUAAAAAAGUGAUGUUGACAAAAGCAAUUCUGUCGCGCGCGCGCAUAGUCUUUGUUUGCAGAUUUAAGUGGCACGAGGCAUGACUUUUACUUAUUCUCGCAAGUGUAACUAAAUUUACAAAGUCGUCUGCAUCUUGUAAGGUAUUUGUGACGACGUUGAACGUAAUUGAAACGAUGAAUGAAUGAAAAAAAAUUUUGCGCCAUUCAGUGGUGCAUUGAGGGGGAAAAUGUAGAGCGAGAUUAAAAAUUAGAAGCGAGUAGUUCGUGUCUGACGCCACGCUUACGCCUUUAAAUAAACAUCAAGUUACACAUGCCAGAUAGUGCUCGUUUGUGAAUGUACAAAGCAAAUAAUAUUUUUUCUUACUUCUUUUUCUAUGUAAAUAAAUAAUUACAUGCACUUUGUUGAGCACGUUUAGAUUGACACUUGCAAGUUUUUCUCGGGAGGUCGUUUUGAAAUUACGAAAUAAAAAAUCUUUAGUUUGAUGCUCUCAUAAAUUUACAGUAGCAUUCAACAAGCCAUCAAUUCAUUUCAAGUCAGUGCACAUGUGUUGAAUCCCCCAUCAUGAACAAGACAAAUAAAUUAAAUAUGCGACGAUCAACCACAGAAAGUGAAUUAAAUUAAAUUGAACGUUAUUAUGAUUUGUCCGCCAACUGUUCUCGACUCUCGUUUGUUUAUUUAAAAGAGUCCAUACAGAAGCUACAGAAAGAAAUGUUUACAUCAAAUGACAAUUUAAUACACUUUAAGCUCAAAUUUAUGAUUUAAUUUAUUUAUUUUUUUUCGAGACUUUCUUUUGAAUAAUUGAAUUGAAAAAAAAAAUUUGUAAAUUAGAAAAUUGUUUAUUGUGGAGAACAGUCAGAAAACAUGGCCUUAUGUUAGUCAAUGGCUUUUUCAUUAAAUAUUUUGUCACACAUUUAUUAUUUAUUUGAUGCUGGGGCGCGGAAGUUUAACGAGAAUAACUGGUGAGAAAAAAAUGUUUUCGAGAUGUCAAAGCAAAUUAACGUAAAGCAGAAGUUGGAGAGAGAAAUGAAUUAUUGCCAUGACGGAAACUCCAAAUUUAUUUCAAUUUUCCUUUUUCUCAACAAAUAUUCUACGUUCUUAACAAGCUAGAAAUUUUCUCGCCGAAGUGUAAGCGAAGCCCAGACUGAAAGCGAGGACUCCAUAAAUUUCGUGCGCGUGAAACUUUGUGUAAACAAUUACAGAAUAAUUAAAAAUGAUUUAUCUUAUGAAGCUCACUGCUUUUUUACUUUAUGUUCUCUGAAUCCUCACGAAAUUAGUCGAGCAAUUGAAAGGAAAACAAUGUUUGUUUGUUUGCUUUUUGUGAGACUGUCACGACUUCUGAGCUCGCUCAUGAAAUCUGAAUGAAACAAACUUCAAGGACUCUUCAGGUAACACUGACAAGUGAGUGAGAUGCUCGAAAUAAACGAGUAAACAGCUGAAACUUGAAGAUUAAUCUAAAGCUAAACUGGCUUCUUUUCGUUAAGAUGAAAUCAAAUCACUGCAAAACGUUUCUUUGAUUGACAUGGUUUUGCGAUACUUUUUCAUGUCCGUGCUGCUUACAACAAUACAAAAAAAGAGUAAAGAAUUCAAUUAAAAAUCAUUAACAAUGACAUGGAAUUGUUUUUCUGUCAUCCCAGAAACAUUCAGACGUCGGCUUUGUUCUUUCCAAGCAGAUUUAAUAAACCGAGAAGCAUUUGAAAGUUUUGGUGGUACAAACGAUUCAAUUUUUGUUUUGGUUUCAAUCGAGAUUCUUAUGAAUUGGAGCGGAUAUUUAAAAACAAAAUCUAUUGAAUAUUUAUGCUUUCAAAAACUUUUUCAAUAAAUUAAUAUUCAGUGCAUAAUUAAAUUAACAACCGCUUGAAUUUUCCUAAAUAAACAACUUUUGCAAACUUUUUUCAUUUCUCUUCUUCUUUGUCGUUUUCUGUUAUUGAUAAAUAAAACAUUACGCUUUAAGAUGUCGAUUUACUAUAAGUUAAAUAAGUUAAGCAACUUAAUUUAUAAGAAAUAUUAGAAUGAGAAAUUAAUAAACGCUUGAUAAACAUGAAACAUGUUUCAUGUUGGAAUGAGAAACAAUUCAACAUGUACAUAAACAUUUAUCAUCAAUAAGCACAACAUGUUUUUAAUCGAAAAAGAAAAGGAAUAUUUAGCUUUUAAGGUGAACACUCGAGAGAGGAAAAUAUAGAAAGAAACAAGAAUAUUAAUAAAAGUAUGUGACCUUUAGCAAUUUAUAUUCGAGAAUGGAACAUCAAAGAAUAAAUUUA